AUGGGUAAAAUUCCACAUGUAGCCAUUAUUGGUGCAGGCUUUUCCGGUCUGAGAUGCGCAGAUAUUCUUAUUCAAAAUGGCGCGCGAGUGACAAUCUUCGAAGCUAGAAACCGAGUUGGAGGGAGGGUACACCAAAGCAAGGUUGGGAAUCGCUUAAUCGAUCUUGGUCCUAACUGGAUCCAUGGCACUGGCACAAAUCCAAUAGUGGGCAUUGCAGAGUUGACAAAAACGACCAUAGAGGAUUUUGAGGGAAACCAGGCAUUGAUCUCUAUGGAUGGAAGCCCCAUUAACGACAAGACAGCUACCAAAAUCUCAGAGUUCGUGUGGACGACCAUUGACGAAGCAUUCAAGUACAGUAACGCUUAUAAAGAUACUAUCCCGCCGGAACGAAGUCUGUUCGACUUCUUCCUAGAUAAAAUCGAGAAAACAGACCUUACUCCAGAAGAGAAGAAAUGGUGUAUUGAAACCUGCAGAUUAUGGGGAGCAUAUGUCGGCGACCCAAUCGAAAGGCAAAGUCUGAAGUUCUUCUGCCUGGAAGAAUGUAUAGAUGGCAACAACUACUUUGUAGCCUCCACUUACAAAAGCAUACUAGCCCACAUCUCCAGGGCCGCUCUGCAACAUGCCGAUAUCCGAUUCAACCAACCAAUCACCAGCAUCCACUCCGACGUCCAACAAGACCUAAACGCCCCUCACAAAACAACAUUAACAACCGCCACGGGCGAAACUCACACAUUCGACGAAGUGGUAGUAACAUGUCCACUGGGCUGGCUAAAGCGUAAUAAUUCCGCAUUCACCCCAGAGCUCCCUGCCCGUCUCGUCCAAGCAAUCGACAACAUCUCCUAUGGCCGCCUAGAGAAAGUCUACAUCACAUUCCCCCGAGCCUUCUGGCACAAGGACCCCAGUGACCUCACCACCAGCAGAGCCGCAAGUUACAGCGCCUACGAGUGUCCAACCUUCGCACAAUUCCUCGAUCCCACAUACACAAAAGGACCCGAGGGUAUCCUCUGGAACCAAGAAUGCAUAUCCUUAGCCGCUCUCCCAGUCAACUGCGCUCAUCCAACUCUUCUCUUCUACACUUACGGACCCUGUGCUACUUAUAUAGUCUCCAAAGUGGCCAACCUCGACCCCUCAUCUCAAGACUACUACAAUUUCCUCGAUGACUUCCUCCGCCCAUUCUACUCCCGUCUGCAUGGGUAUUCGGAGUCAUCACCCAAUUGUAAACCGCUCGCUGUAAUGGCAACCCAAUGGCAGAAUGAUCCAUACGCUGGGAAUGGGUCGUAUUGCAACUUCCAAGUUGGACUUAGUCAGGGCGAUCGGGAUAUCGAGAUUCUGCGAGCGGGACUCGGGGCGAAUCGUGGGGUGUGGUUUGCUGGAGAGCAUACGGCGCCGUUCGUUGCGCUUGGGACGACGACUGGGGCGUACUGGAGUGGUGAGCGUGCUGCUGGACAAAUCUGUCAAUUGUAUAGUCUUGGUAGAUUGGGGCUAGGCUUGGAAAGGGAUGAUUCUUUACCUUCAGCCAGUGGGGAACAGGUCGUCGCUUAA